AUGGCGGCACAGCAGCAGCCCCACAAUGGCUCAGCUUUGCAACAUCGAGACCAGCAUCACACCCAUCACGAUCAAAGUCAUCUCCGAAACGUAGAAGAAUCACCUGAUUCUGCGGCCGUGCCCUACAAGCUUAGCCAAGCCAAGCUCGUCGUCGACCCUCCCGAUCUUCAAGCGUGGCGCCAGAAGCUCUUCGACGUGGACGACGUCAUCAUCCUCACACACGAGCAAUUCGAGACGUACUUCCCCCACGUCGACAACGUCUACUCCCACCGCUCCACCCAACGAUACAAGCGGAAGCCCUUCAUCUCACACUAUUGGGACUGCCGCAUGAAGGGCCGGCCGCCCGGGACGCCCAAGUCGGACGACCCGAGCAAGAAGAAGCGCAAGCGCAGCGCCCGAGAGCGUGACCUGUGCGACGUCAAGAUCAAAAUCACCGAGUACUUUCCCGAUGCCGGUGCGGAGGCUGCUCUGGACCGGGACGUUGCCGCGGCCAUUGCCGCCGGCACGGCUGCCGCUUCGGUCAUUAGUGCCGGGAGGCGGUUCUGGACGAUUCAGCGGGUCAACGGCAACGGCGGCAACGGCAAGGGGGACGGAGUGGCCGGGCCGCAUCGGCAUACGUUGGAGCGGAGCGACGAGAUCAAGAAGAGCAGCGUGCAGCGCUUGGUGGCGACGAGGGCCAGGGAGGGCAAGAAGACGCAGAGAGCACCGCAGAUCAAGGCUGUUGGCGCAGCGCAGGAGACGGCUCGGAUGCACAGCAAGGAGGCUGAUUUGAGGCUGUAUGCGGCAUGUUUCUGCCCCUUUUCACAGCGCGUCUGGAUCGCUCUCGAGGCCAAAGGCCAGCCAUACCAGUACAUCGAAACAGAUCCCUUCAAGCGGCCCGUUUCAACGCCCCUCCUGGAGGCCAACCCGCGAGGCCUUGUCCCCGCCAUCCGUCAGGGGGACUGGGCCUGUUCUGAGAGCGCCGUUAUUCUUGAAUAUUUGGAAGACAUCUACCCCGAUAUACCGCUGUUCCCUUCAGACCAGCGCCUGAGAGCCAACUGCCGCCUCUGGAUCCAUCAUGUAACCCUCGUCCUCGCCGCCGACGAACAAGGCCCCUACUUCCUCGGCCCGUCUCUGUCCCUCGUCGACAUCCACUUUGCCCCCUUUGCUCUCCGCCUCAGCCGCAUCCUCCGUCGUCGCUAUCCAGGUUUCCUUCUGCUGGCCGAUGCUACCACUCCUGGGACGCGCUGGCAUCGCUGGCUGGAUGCGUUGGAAAGGGAUCCUCACAUUAAAGCGACGACAAGUACCGAUGAGUUUUAUUUGGAUACGGUAGACUUGCUUGUUCAGACGUCGAACGAGGGGAGCUGA